AUGUCUCUACCAUCUUUAUCCAUUGACAUCAUCUUGUCAAUUCUCGUGCUUAUCCCGGCUAGAGUGCUAAUUAAGCUUCUUGUUGCAUGCAAAUCUUGGUGUACCAUAAUAAAAAGUCAAGAUUUCAUCAAGGAACAUCUCGAGACUUCAUUUGCAACAGGUAAAAACUACAUUCUUUAUGUGCCUGUUCAUAGCAAGCCUGAAAAGACCUUCACUUUGCUUAAUCACAAAAAUUUUCAGUACGAGUCUGAAUUAAGAGUCCCCUUUGAUAUACCAGGCAUGUUGAAUUGCACUGUUGUGAAUUCUGUGAAUGGUCUAAUUUGUCUCACUAAUAAUAAAUGUUUUGGUCAUACCAUAUAUUUGACUAAUCCAUCUAUAAAUAAAUACCUGACCCUCCCCCCUUCAAGUAUUUAUCGGGAUGAAUUUGAUCUUCAGAAUAUACAAUUAAGUCUUGGGUUUGGUUAUCAUGAAAAAACCAAUGAUUUUAAAGUUCUUAGAAUUGGAUAUAUUCAACAUGAUGAUUAUGUAUGGUUAAGUGAAGAUGAUGAUGAAUAUCCAAGUACAACUCCUGAAAGACAUCAUUUUGAGCCUUGGGUUGAGGUAUUUUCACUAAAUACUAAGGUUUGGAAAAUGCUUAAACUAGGUCCUAAUUUUUCCUAUGAAGUACAUGACAUGUUUUCGGGAGUUGUUGUCAAUGGAUGUUUGCACUUGAAGGUUGUUAACACCUAUGAGGAUGAAAUUGUCCUUUUAUCAUUUCAUAUGGAGGAAGAGACAUUUCAAGAAAUUAAAUACCCAAAAUUUCAUGAUGAAGCUGGUACUCAUGAUCUAACUGAAUGUACAUGUAUUGGUGAGUUUAAAGGUAAACUCGGGCUUUUUGCAUUUUGUCCCAUGUUUGAUAAUGUAGGGAGACAACCUUGUCACUUUUGGAUCAUGGAGGAGUAUGGUGACAAAAAUUCUUGGACUUGUCAUGCUACUUUUAUGCUAGAAAGGAUAAUCCGUACGCCUUUGACUUUUACAAAAAAUGGAGAAAUUAUAAUGCAAGAUAGGCGUGAAAAGAUAUUUUGCUAUAAUUUCAACAAUAAUCAAUUGAUUGAUUUGCACAUACAAGGCGAGGGCCGUGAUUUGAAUUUUGUCAACUUCACUGAUAGUCUAGUUUUAGUUGAUCUUUAUGAUACACCAAUUGUGGAAGAAAGGAAUUUUCCUGCAAGUGGUGUUGGUGAUUUUGAUGCGUAUAUGCAUGUGGAACAAGUCAACAUGGCACAUAAAGAUGAUCCUCCAGGCGAUAUACCUAAAAAUAUUUAA